AUGUCUUCGUACAACACAUCGACUCCUCAUGAACUCCUCAACCUACCGAAGAAGGAUGAACUGGUCAAGGAGUUCGUAGGCAAGCCUUUGGAGUCCCUCAGAACUCCUGCUUUUGUCAUCGACCGUGCUGUAUUUGCGAAGAACUGUGCUCGGAUGCACGAGAAUGCUCAGCAAUGGGGCGCCGGUUUCCGUGCCCAUCUGAAGACUCACAAGACUUCUGAGGGGUCGAGAUUACAACUUGUGUCCUCCUCAGACAAGACAGAUCGUGUCGUUGUGUCGACGCUCAUGGAAGCGUGGGAGGUAGUGAAUGCCGGUCUGGUCGCGGACGGUACGGUGAAGGACCUCUUAUACGGUCUACCCGUUGCGAUCAACAAGAUCGCCGAUGUUUCCUCGCUGAAGGAUGCAUUGAACGCGCAUGGCGGGGAUGUAGUGCUCAUGAUUGAUCACCCUCGUCAAAUUCAAGCAGUGCAAGAAUUUGAGACGGCUAAGGGUACCCAGCGAAAAUGGCCAAUAUUUGUCAAGAUCGACGGUGGACAAAAGCGGGCUGGAGUCGUCACAUCUUCUCCCAUGUUUGAAUCUGUCCUCAAGGCAACGUCUGAGUCCUCUGCCAUCAGCUUGCGAGGAUUCUAUUGCCAUGCUGGAAAUGCGUAUGCAUCCACCUCGCCGUCUGAGGCUUCCUCCUUCCUUUCCUCCGAGGUGGAAGCAGUGAAUUUGGCUGCGAAGCUCGCCUUGGAUUUCUUCGCGAAAGCAGGACAAGACUUGUCAAACCAUCCCCGUUUCGUACUCUCAGUUGGAUCUACGCCAACCGCACAUGCAGCCACAGCAGAAACUAGAGCACGAUUGUCCUCGCUUCUACAUGGAGACCUAGAAUUGCAUGCAGGAAAUUACCCACUUCUCGACCUGCAGCAGCUCAACACUAGCCUGAUUGACCGUCGUCGAAUUGCCCAAAGGGUCGUCGCCACAGUCGUCUCACACUAUCCUGGUCGCGGCGACGACGGCUCCGAUGAGUACAUGUGUGAUGCCGGCGCCAUUGCUAUGAGCAAAGACAGCGGGCCUAUCAGCGGUUAUGGAGAGGUGAUUGGCAAGCCGUGGAAGCUGGGUAGGAUAUCUCAGGAGCAUGGCACGUUGACGCGGGAGACCUCUGGAGAGAAGGCGGCGUUGAAGGAUGAAGGUCUUGAGAUUGGUAGCACUGUGCAGAUUGUGGGCCAGCACGCCUGCCUGAUUGCAGCAGCAUAUCCGUGGUACUACAUCGUUGAUUCGGAAGAGGAUAGCACUGCGAACGAAGUGAAGGAUGUUUGGGUGCCUUGGAAGGGCUGGUAGGUCUCAUGGGUCGAGAACUUUACGUGUGGCGUGAUAUUGAUCGCAGAACCGCUCGGGCUGGUCACGUUCCAAUGUAUACAUACCUGCUGUUGUACAUUGCCUCGACAUGUAUGGUCAGAACUAAUUCUUCGAGACUCCGAGCGAAGAAAUUAUAAGUAACCCG